GGGAGGGCUGGGGACCGGGGUGGCGAUUGGGCGCGCGACCGCUGGCCCAGCACGAGCGCCGCUGGCGCGGCCCUAGUGACAGGUUCUUGAAUGGAGCAGCCAAACUAUCAGCAGGCCUGGUUUCAUCUCACCAGCUGCAGACUGCAGCCCUGAAGCCAACUAAACAUUCCCAGUGGUGAGGCACAGAGUCGUUGGCCAUCCCACGAUGUUGGAUUUUCUAGCUGAGAACAACCUCUGUGGCCAAGCUAUUCUGAGGAUUGUUUCCUGUGGCAACGCCAUCAUUGCUGAACUUCUGAGGCUCUCUGAGUUCAUCCCUGCCGUGUUCAGGUUAAAAGACCGAGCUGACCAGCAGAAGUAUGGGGAUAUCAUACUGGAUUUCAGCUAUUUUAAGGGUCCAGAGUUAUGGGAAAGCAAACUGGAAGCUAAGCCAGAGCUGCAGGAUUUAGAUGAAGAAUUUCGUGAAAACAACAUAGAAAUCGUGACCAGAUUUUAUUUAGCGUUUCAGAGUGUGCAUAAAUAUAUUGUAGACUUAAACAGAUAUCUAGACGACCUCAGUGAAGGAGUUUAUAUUCAGCAAACCUUAGAAACUGUGCUUCUUAAUGAAGAUGGGAAACAACUUCUAUGUGAAGCCCUGUACUUAUAUGGAGUUAUGCUGCUGGUCAUUGACCAAAAGAUUGAAGGAGAAGUCAGAGAAAGAAUGCUGGUGUCUUACUAUCGAUACAGCGCUGCCCGAUCUUCUGCUGAUUCAAAUAUGGAUGAUAUUUGUAAGCUGCUUCGAAGUACAGGUUAUUCCAGCCAACCAGGAGCCAAAAGACCACCCAACUAUCCCGAGAGCUAUUUCCAGAGAGUGCCUAUCAAUGACGCGUUCAUCAGUAUGGUUAUUGGUCGGCUCAGAUCUGAUGAUAUUUACAAUCAGGUCUCAGCAUACCCACUGCCCGAGCACCGCAGCACUGCCCUGGCCAAUCAAGCUGCCAUGCUAUGCGUGAUUCUCUACUUUGACCCUUCCAUCCUGCACACCCACCAAGCAAAGAUGAGGGAAAUAGUGGAUAAAUACUUUCCAGACAAUUGGGUAAUCAGUAUUUACAUGGGAAUCACAGUAAAUCUGGCAGAUGCUUGGGAACCCUACAAAGCUGCAAAGACAGCUUUAAACAAUACCCUGGACCUUUCCAACGUCCGAGAACAGGCAAGCAGAUAUGCUACUGUCGGUGAAAGAGUACACGCUCAAGUGCAGCAGUUUCUGAAAGAAGGCUACUUAAGGGAGGAGAUGGUUCUGGACAACAUCCCAAGGCUUCUGAAUUGCCUGAGAGACUGCAAUGUUGCCAUCCGAUGGCUAAUGCUCCAUACAGCAGACUCAGCUUAUGACCCAAACAACAAACGCCUUCGUCAAAUCAAGGACCAGAUUCUAACCGACUCUAGGUACAAUCCCAGGGUCCUCUUCCAGCUGUUGCUAAAUACUGCUCAGUUUGAAUUCAUACUCAAAGAGAUGUUUAAGCAAAUGCUUUCAGAAAAGCAAGCCAAAUGGGAGCUUUAUAAGAAGGAGGGCUCAGAGCGCAUGACCGAGCUGGCGGAUGUCUUCUCCGGAGUGAAGCCCCUAACCAGAGUGGAGAAAAAUGAAAAUCUUCAAGCUUGGUUCCGAGAGAUCUCCAAACAAAUAUUGUCUUUAAACUACGAUGAUUCUACUGCUGCAGGCAGAAAAACUGUGCAACUAAUCCAAGCUUUGGAAGAGGUUCAAGAGUUUCACCAGUUAGAAUCAAAUCUGCAAGUAUGUCAGUUUCUUGCUGAUACUCGCAAGUUUCUCCACCAAAUGAUCAGAACUAUUAACAUUAAAGAGGAGGUCCUGAUCACCAUGCAGAUCGUCGGGGACCUUUCCUUUGCUUGGCAGUUAAUUGACAGCUUUACCUCCAUCAUGCAGGAGAGCAUAAGGGUAAACCCAUCCAUGGUGACUAAACUCAGGGCUACGUUCCUCAAGCUUGCCUCUGCCCUUGACCUGCCCCUUCUUCGCAUUAACCAAGCAAAUAGCCCCGACCUUCUCAGUGUGUCUCAGUACUAUUCUGGUGAAUUGGUGUCCUAUGUGAGAAAGGUUUUGCAGAUCAUUCCAGAAAGCAUGUUUACAUCUCUUCUGAAGAUCAUAAAGCUUCAGACCCAUGAUAUCAUUGAAGUGCCUACCCGCCUGGACAAAGACAAGCUGAGGGACUAUGCCCAGCUUGGCCCACGAUACGAGGUUGCCAAGCUUACUCAUGCUAUCUCCAUUUUUACUGAAGGCAUCUUAAUGAUGAAGACGACUUUGGUUGGCAUUAUCAAAGUAGAUCCUAAACAGUUGCUGGAAGACGGAAUAAGGAAGGAGCUAGUUAAACGUGUCGCUUUUGCCCUUCAUCGAGGAUUGAUCUUCAACCCUCGAGCCAAGCCAAGUGAACUGAUGCCCAAGCUGAAAGAGUUGGGGGCUACCAUGGAUGGAUUCCAUCGUUCUUUUGAAUACAUACAAGACUAUGUCAACAUUUAUGGUCUGAAGAUUUGGCAGGAAGAAGUCUCUCGUAUUAUAAAUUAUAAUGUGGAGCAAGAGUGUAAUAACUUCUUAAGAACAAAGAUUCAAGACUGGCAAAGUAUGUACCAGUCCACUCAUAUUCCAAUACCAAAGUUUACCCCUGUGGACGAGUCCAUAACAUUUAUUGGUCGCCUCUGCAGAGAAAUCUUGCGGAUCACAGACCCAAAAAUGACGUGUCACAUUGACCAGCUCAACACUUGGUAUGAUAUGAAAACUCGUCAAGAAGUGACCAGCAGUCGCCUCUUCUCAGAAAUCCAGACCACCCUGGGGACCUUCGGUCUGAAUGGGUUAGACAGACUUCUGUGCUUCAUGAUUGUGAAAGAGUUACAGAAUUUCCUCAGUAUGUUUCAGAAAAUUAUCCUGCGAGAUAGAACUGUUCAAGACACUCUAAAAACCCUCAUGAAUGCCGUCAGCCCCCUAAAAAGCAUUGUUGCAAAUUCGAAUAAAAUUUAUUUUUCUGCCAUUGCCAAAACACAGAAGAUUUGGACAGCUUAUCUCGAGGCUAUAAUGAAGGUUGGACAGAUGCAGAUUCUCAGACAACAGAUUGCAAAUGAAUUAAAUUACUCUUGUCGGUUUGACUCCAAACAUCUGGCUGCUGCCCUGGAGAAUCUCAAUAAGGCUCUCCUAGCAGAUAUUGAAGCACACUAUCAGGACCCUUCACUUCCUUAUCCCAAAGAAGAUAACACGCUUUUAUAUGAAAUUACAGCCUAUCUGGAGGCUGCUGGUAUUCAUAACCCACUGAAUAAGAUAUACAUAACAACAAAGCGCUUACCUUAUUUCCCAAUUGUCAACUUUCUCUUUUUGAUCGCCCAGUUGCCAAAACUUCAGUACAACAAAAACCUCGGAAUGGUCUGCCGGAAGCCUGCGGACCCCGUUGACUGGCCUCCGCUUGUCCUGGGACUACUUACUCUGCUGAAGCAGUUUCACUCCCGGUACACCGAACAGUUCCUGGCACUGAUCGGCCAGUUUAUCCGCUCCACAGUGGAGCAGUGUACAAGCCAGAAAAUUCCUGAAAUGCCUGCAGAUGUUGUGGGUGCCCUUCUGUUCCUGGAGGAUUAUGUUCGGUACACAAAGCUGCCCAGAAGGGUUGCUGAAGCACAUGUGCCCAAUUUCAUUUUUGAUGAGUUCAGAACAGUCCUAUAACAUUUUUUUCCGACUUCUUCAAUGAAAGGAUUGUUCUUAAAUCUUUCCACCUACGCCAAAUCUGCAAAUGAAAAGAAACUCAAGUGCUCACAGAACUGCAUUUUUCCCCUUUAUUGUGGGAAACAUCAGACAUUCUGAGUAAGAUGUAUCUCACAGCACUAGUUAAUUAAUAUGAUUUAAAUCAUGGUAGUUUAUGCAAUUUGUAUCAUGUGGAUGCAGAAUACAUUUUUGUACUGCCUCUUAUAAAUGCUGAAUGUAAUUGUUAUGUAUAAAUCCAUUUAGUUUUAUGUUCAAAAGGACUAUUUGUGUAAUUCCCACAUUUUUAGCAAAAUAAUAAUGCUUGUA